AACAACGUGUUAAAAAUCGACUGGCCUUGUACUUUCACUUCUUGUCAAAGGAUUUAAAUUGAGAUAAAGUGCGAAUAGAAAAUUCUGCGGAACAAUUCAUUCUAAAAUGGUUUAUUUAAGUAAGAAAAUAUUAUGUUUUGCAUUGUUAAUGGCUGUAUUAACUGAAUAUAACCACUGUGUUACCGGGAUAUUUAUAAAGCUUCCUUGGUUAUAUAAAAUUAAAACUGAACAGCUAAAUUAUGGAGUGGCAGUUUCCGAUGUUGACAAUGACGGCGACCUUGAGUGGAUAGUUGCUGGAUUUUCUGGCUCGAAUUUUGUUCUCAAAUACAAUAAAAAAUCUGGAUAUUUGGAGAAUAUUGCGCAAAAAAAUACACCAUAUAAAAACUUAAUGGAUCCAAAAGGACAGGCAAUUGGAGUUUGCGCGUGUGACAUCGAUGGUGACGGGCGAGAGGAAAUUUACUUUCUGAACACCAAUAAAGCAUAUUCAGGAAUGUCAAGUUAUAGUGACAAAUUAUUUAAAUGGAGAAAUGGGCAGUACGAGGAUAUUUUAUUAGAUAGUGUAAACACAAAUUUACAGGCUAAAAAUUAUGCAGGUAGAUCCGUUGCGUGUGUGGAUAGAUUUGGGAGCGGGAAAUACUCAAUAGCAGUUGCUACAUAUUCACAUGGCGGGAAAGGAAAUUUUGCUUUACUUGAAGUGGAUGAGUUUAAUCCCUUGACUGAUCGGGAGAGCGGGGUAUUAGUUAUACGAAAUGUGGCAGAGGAGACUGGUAUAUCAAAAUCAACAGGUGGGCGUGGUCUUGUCGUUGGUCCUAUAUUAAAUGAUAUUGGAAUGUCCGAUAUUUUCUUUGCGAACGAAGGAAAUGAAUGGAUCGGCAAUCCUGGUGAUAAUUUUCUGUUCAAAAACCUAGGACAUGGGACUUUUGUCGAUAUUGCAGCAGAAUCUGGGAUUCUUGACGGAAAGGAAAAUGGACGCGGUAUUGCAUUGGCCGAUUUGAACAAUGAUGGUCUACUUGAUAUUGUAAACGGAAACUGGGAGGGCAACCAUCGAAUAUUCUUACAAUCUAAAAGUAAAAAUGGAGAAAGAUAUUUCAGAAACGUAGCUUCAGCAUUUUUUGAACAACCAUCACCAAUAAGAACUGUUUUAGCUGCAGAUUUCGACAAUGAUAUGCAGACUGAUAUUUUUAUGAAUAAUAUUUUGACCGGAAGCCAACCACAACCAAAUUAUCUGUAUGGUGUUAAAGUCUUGUUAGACUCGAAUAUUACUAUUGUUGAGCGAGACAUUGGGGAAGCAUCUGAAAAGGAGGGCUAUGGAACAGGCGCAGCCUACACGGAUAUGGAUGGAGAUGGUGUUUUAGAUCUCCUAGUAUCACAUGGCGAAAGUAACAAACAACCUCUGGCAGUUUAUACAGCAAAAAAGGAGAAAACCCUUCAUAAUAACUGGCUGCGGGUUAAACCGUUGACAAGGUACGGUGCUCCAGCACGAGGAGCGCUCGUGUCACUCAAUAUAGACUCAGGUGUCCGCUUAACACAGGUAAUUGAUGGCGGCUCUGGUUACCUGUGUCAAAUGGAACCAGUUGCACAUUUUGGUCUUGGGAAGCAUAAAGCGGUUACCGUUGAAGUAUUAUGGACAGAUGGCGAAAAAGUAUCGAAAAAAAUAAAUAAUAAUGAAAUUAAUAAAUUGAUCAUCAUAAAACACCCAGUUCUUGAAAACAUUUACGCAGAAACCGAUAUCGCAAAAGAAAAUUCUAAAUUGAAUGUAACAGUCUCAACAACAGUGAAGGAGGAACUGUGAACGUCUUGGAGUCACUUUUCUCAUUUAAAAGAGUUGGUUCGUCCGAUUCCACAUGUAGAUUUAACAUAAUUACUUAUUACUGAACUAAGUUCUUCACUAUUUA